UCAAGUUACAUUUACAAUAUUGGGACAUUGGCAAAACUGUGUGAAACUUGACGUUCGACUGACACGCGUUUGACGUUUCUAUUUAUUGUUUGUGCUGAAAAUUUGUUAUCCAAUUGUUUUCGCCGUAAUUUGCUGUAAAAUUAGCCUUUGAUAAUUGGGUGACAUGGAUUCGAAGAGCGAAUUGUUUGAUCUUAGCGGCAAACUAAUAAUAAAAGUGCAAUUGGGGGAUGAUAUUAGGCGUAUUCCCAUACACAAUGAAGCAAUUACGUACGAUGAACUAUUGUUGAUGAUGCAGAGAGUGUUUAAGGGAAAACUCUUUGCCAGUGAUGAUAUUACAAUAAAGUAUAAAGAUGAGGAUGGUGACCUCAUCACGAUCUUUGAUAGUUCCGAUCUCUCAUUUGCUAUCCAAUGCAGUCGCAUAUUAAAACUACAAAUCCUACCAAACACUGAUAGCAAAAGUGAGACUGUUAGCGUGUUAUCGUCGUCUGACGUAAAUAAACUGAAACAACAGCUGAAAACUAUAAGAAAUCAAGUGAAUCACUUGUUAGAUUCGUUGGAAAUUAGCGAACCCACGCCUGCACCUUCCGCAUCAGUAACACAGGUUAGUGAAGAGAAAUCAUCUAGUGACGUAAACCCCCCGAAUACUCUGAACAAAGUAAACUCAAGCGAGUUCGACCCGUUGAAAGACAAGCCCCAGAAUGGCGUUGAGGAGACCAAGGAAGCCCCGAAACCAACACCGACGCCCCCAGUCACGGAGGCCCCAAGUCACCAGCCCCAGCCCGUUGCAGGGCCCACUGCCGUUCCAAUACCGCAGGGACAACCAAUUGCUGCCUCGACAGCUACCAGUCACCACAAUCUGAAUGAUUACUACAACAGGACAACUCAAAGUUAUCCCCACCAGAUGGCUUACAGCAGCGUGCCCUACCCUCAACAACAGUAUUCUUACGCUGGUUAUGGCCAGCAGGUGGACCCCUCACAGGUCCCCAACUCCAAUGCUUACAGUAACCCGCAGCAAAGUAAUGUUACAUAUCCAGCCCAGCAACAGUACGCUCACCCGCCACCGGGGGUCUAUGGGCAAGGGCAAGCCAACCCCUAUUCUAAGGCCUACACACAGCCCAGUCCCCAGCAUGGCUACAACAUGCCGCCGCGCCAAUAGUCAGUUGAUUUGUGUUUAUUUAUGACUUUUGCUAUCUUAUGGAGAUCGUUCUAUCUUAAUCUUUACAUUGUACUGAUACCACAAAUAGUUAUAGCAAUAAAAAUGUAUUUUCAAUUAUUUUAAUAAACAAAUUAAUCGAU